UCGUUGCUUUGAGACUGAGAAAAAUUACCAUUAUUAUAAGUCAGUGUGACUAUGUCAUUACUUUGCAUUUAGAAUAAAGUGCAUUUUCCAGUGAAUGUAAAAUCAAUGUAAAUGGCAACUUAAAUUGCAUUGUUUAAUACUGAUAACGUUAACAUCAGUGUUAUAAACCUGUUACAAACCUCCAUUUAAUGUGCCAUUUACCGAGACUCUUAAGUGACACACAUGUUUAUGCAAAGGCUCGUGUUGCUGCACUGGGGUAUUUAUUAGUAUUUACAUUUAUGGAAAGUGCAUAUCGGAAUCCACAGCUGCGUGUUCACGGAUGUAAACAGGAAGCGCUGCUGUGACGUCAACCGCUCUGCAGCGAAGUGCACGCGCGAAGGGAUGCGCAUUUUAUCUGGUAGGCAGCACCCUUAAUAGACAGCUGUGUGUUUGAGGAGCUCAGGAUGGCUCACAUCACCCUGAAUCAGUACCUGCAGCAGGUUCUGGAGGCCAUCGAGAGCAGAGACGGCUCUUUCUGUUCAGAGAUGCUGUCGUUCAAACACCCUCACGUGGCUAAUCCUCGUCUCCAGCUCUCCAGCCCGGAGGAGAAGUGUCAGCAGCUGCUGGAGCCUCCGUAUGAUGAGAUGGUAGCAGCUCACCUCAGGUGCUCAACAUCGUUCCUGAAGGCGUUCCAGGCUCAUAAAGAGGAGAACUGGGCACUUCCCAUCAUGUUCGCUGUGACCCUUGACCUCAGGAUAUUCGCCAAUAAUGCGGAGCAGCAGCUGCAGUCGAAAGGCAAGGGGAAGAUUGGAGACAUGCUGGAGAAAGCAGCGGAGCAACUCAUGAGCUGCUUUAGAGUGUGUGCCAGUGACAAUCGUGCUAUGAUUCAAAGUAAAUGGGGAAUGUUGUUCCUGAUCAAUCAGCUCUUCAAGAUCUAUUUCAAAAUCAAUAAGCUGCACCUGUGUAAGCCGCUGAUCCGAGCGAUCGACAGCUCUAACCUGAAGGACGAGUACAGCACGGCUCAGCGCGUCACCUACAAGUACUACGUGGGCAGGAAGGCCAUGUUCGACAGCGACUUCAAACAAGCUGAGGAGUAUCUGUCCUUCUCCUUCACUCACUGUCAUCGCUCCAGUCAGAGGAACAAGCGUCUGAUCCUCAUCUACCUGCUGCCUGUGAAGAUGCUGCUGGGUCACAUGCCCACACACCAGCUGCUGAAGAAGUACGACCUCAUGCAGUUCACAGACGUCACCAAAGCUGUGAGCGAGGGGAACCUCCUGCUGCUGAACGAAGCUCUGGUCAAACACGAGACGUUCUUCAUCCGCUGCGGUAUCUUCCUCAUCCUGGAGAAGCUGAAGAUCAUCACCUACAGGAACCUCUUCAAGAAAGUCUAUCAUCUGCUGAAGACCCAUCAACUUCCUCUGGACGCCUUCCUCGUGGCUCUGAGGAUGAUGAAGGUGGAGGACGUGGACAUCGACGAGGUUCAGUGCAUCCUGGCCAACCUCAUCUUCAUGGGUCACAUCAAGGGUUAUAUUUCCCAUCAGCACCAGAAGCUGGUGGUCAGCAAGCAGAACCCGUUUCCUCCGCUGUCCAGCGUGUCCUAACCUCAGCUCCCAGAAUGCACCUGUUUCUCCACGAUCCCAUCAGUCUAGCCGGUCCUCAGCAGUUCAUCCUCAUUUCAUGUUCAACCUUUUUUUUUAUUGAUUUUUCAAAUAAACUUCACAGUGUUUUUA